UCUCUGGCUUUUUUUACGGAUGUGCUGGUCCCCUUUUUUUGACAGCAGGCAGUCGGCAGGGGGAAACAAGGAGGGUGUAGGCGGGCUCUGCUGCUAUCUCCCUGCGGCUCUGUCACCCUUAUUGAGCCGCUUCUCGUCCACAGACACCCCGGCGACAUGCUGGUUCCGGUUGGCGUUUCCUCCUUUCAGCCUGAGGAGUGAGUUCGCGGGCCGACCCCGCGCCUCUCCCUCCCUCACGACGCGGCCAUGGUCGACGUUGAGAGUCACUACCGUCCGCCUUCGCCCCUGGAGGACUCCAUGCUGGGCAGCCCGCUGUGCGCCGAUGACGACUUCAUUGCCGGCAUGGAGGAGCUCCACGGCAUCUCGCAGUCCAUCGACAGCGGUACGCUCAGCUCCUACGACGCCCCCGAGUACCACUCGUCCAGUAACGGCUCAGACGGCUCCACCGUCUUUGAUGCCCUGACGCCAGCGUCCAGCCCGUCGUCGUCGGUGGCGUACGGGGUGACGGCGAGCCAGGAGGACUUCUCGCCUUCCCCUUCGUCGUCCUCGUCAUCGCUCACCUUGGAGUGUCGAGUUUGCGCCGACCGCGCCUCGGGCUACCACUACGGCGUCCAUGCCUGCGAGGGCUGCAAGGGUUUUUUUCGGCGGACCAUCCGUCUCAAGCUCGAGUACGACAAGUGCCAACGCCGCUGCAAGAUCCAAAAGAAGAACCGCAACAAGUGCCAAUACUGCCGCUUCCAGAAGUGCCUGUCGGUGGGCAUGUCCCACAACGCCAUCCGCUUUGGCCGGAUGCCGCAGUCGGAGAAGCUGAAACUGAAGGCCGAGAUGGUGACGGGGGAGCGCGAGGUGGAGGACCCCCAGAUGGCCGACCAGAAGACGCUAGCUCGGCAAAUUUACGAGGCCUACCUCAAAAACUUCAACAUGAACAAGGCCAAGGCUCGCACCAUCCUCACGGGGAAGACCAGCACCCCGCCUUUGGUCAUCCACGACAUGGACACGCUGCAGCUGGCGGAGCAGACCCUGGUGGCCAAGAUGGUGGGCUCGGCGGGGGUCCUGAUGGACCGCGAGGCCGAAGUGCGCCUCUUCCACUGCUGCCAGUGCACCUCGGUGGAAACGGUGACCGAGCUGACGGAAUUCGCCAAGUCGGUCCCGGGCUUCUCUUGCCUGGACCUCAACGAUCAAGUGACUCUGCUGAAGUACGGCGUCUAUGAGGCCCUCUUCGCCAUGCUGGCCUCGUGCAUGAACAAGGACGGGUUGCUGGUGGCGUACGGUUCGGGCUUCAUCACGCGCGAGUUCCUCAAGAGCCUGCGGCGGCCCUUCAGCGACAUGAUGGAGCCCAAGUUCCAGUUUGCCACCAAGUUUAACACCCUGGAGCUGGAUGACAGCGACCUGGCGCUCUUUGUGGCCACCAUCAUCUGCUGCGGAGACCGGCCCGGUCUGGUGAACGUGAGCCACAUCGAGCGUAUGCAGGAGAGCAUCGUGCAAGUGCUCCGGCUCCACCUGCUGGCCAACCACCCGGACGACGCCUUCCUCUUCCCCAAGCUUCUACAGAAGCUGGCCGACUUGCGGCAGCUGGUCACCGAGCACGCGCAGCUGGUGCAAGAAAUCAAGAAGACGGAGGAUACGUCGCUGCACCCGCUUCUGCAGGAGAUCUACAGAGACAUGUAUUGAACAGCGUAGCCCAUCGUCCCGUCCUUCUUGGGUAUUUUUCCCCCCCUUACAUUGACCCCCACCACCACCACCACCCCAGUGAACCCUCUCCUCAAUGCAGCAAGGGCUACCUUCAACAUCUGAUCGCUAAUAUUAAUCAUUGUUUCCACCAAGCAGCGCACUUACGAAUAAAGGAUAUCUUAUCUUAUCUUAUCUUUAGUUGAGUACACGCGUAUGUAGACGUUGCACUCCCGCUAGCCGGUAGCUGAAUCGUAGUUGAAUCCUUUUGAGCCUCGAGAGCCACUGUACCCCAAUGCUUAUUAAGUGAGGUAAGAAUUAGCGUGAGAAGUAUGGACCGCAAAAGGUUCUACUAAGCUUUGCAAACACGGACUCAAAACAACCAAUCGAUAAAAAUCUUGACUUUUUUUCCAAGUCGAUAUUUUGUUUUGCUUCAUUGGGGAAAAAAAAGAGUUGUGAAUAACUCGUCUGUUAGAUUCCAACUUGUAAUGAAAAAAAAAUCUCUAUUUUUCUCCUCAUGAACUAAUAACUUGAUUCACAUACGACUCUCAAAUGAGUCUUUAUUUCUCCCUCACAAAAAUGACCCCAAAAAUCUCUCAAAAUGAUCUUCAUCUUGGUAAAAAAAAAAAAUCUUUCUUUCCACUUAUCUGCACUUCACCCCAAGAAUUUGAAUUUCUUUUUACCUAAAAUGAUUAAUUUAUUUUCAUUUAAUUGUCGUUUUCCCACAAAUGUGAGUUUAUGGGACCAUAAAUGACAUUCUUUUCCAAGUAAAUUACUUUUAGUCUCUAUUUUUUUAAUUACAAUUCCUUUCUUGUAAAAUUCAGAUUUUUUUUUUCUGCCCUCAAAUUACGAUUUUUCUUUCAUCUGAAAUUACAAAAUGAUAUGACUUCAGUUUCAGAAAAUGUAAUUAUGAAUUAUUAGUUUUUUUGUUGUUGUUGUUAAUUUAUACCAGCCCACGUUUUGGCAACUUUUCUGAGGCUGCGGUAACUCAUGGUUGGUCCCUGACACACUUCCAUUUGUUGAUAUACAAUUUUAUCAUCAUCAUCAUCAACAAUACAAAAAUAUAUUAUUUAUUCUCCCCAAAAAUGUCGACUUUAUGUACACAAACUCCUCCUAAAUUAUUUAUUUUCUACUUUUUUUUUUUUUUUUUAGUCGAUCACAUACCUCGACUUGCUCAACAGCAACAAAGACAAAAGUCACGCGCGAUGAAGAACGAAUAGCCGUCGCUAUCAUGUGAUGUCGCUUUUUUUACAUUGCGUCCUUCCUCCUUUUUGUUUGGCAGCUGGCACUCAUGAUGUCAUCCUUCAGCUCAAGGUCUACCGAACCGCGCCAAAUGGUAAUCAUCCUAAUGGAUGGAACUAAACUGCACUCCUUGGUGGAAACUUUGGCUCAAGCCACUGAUGAUCAGUCGGGGGGGAGGGGGGGGGGGGGACUCUGGGCACGCUUCACUCCACCGUUGAUGAUUUUUCUAAAAGAAAAGACUUUCUGGGGACAGCUUUUGAUGGCAGCCCUGCUCUCUGAAACACCCGAAAAAUGAGGAAGAGUGAACUGUCACUCCAUCAGAAUGUAGAGUUUAGUGAUCUAAAGCCAUAAUCUUUUUGCAGUGGCAUCCAUGACGGCGAAAGGCGUAUUUGGAUGUAAUGUCUUGCUCUCAUGUACUCAUUUCAUAUUUCAAUCUCUGUGAUUGAACAGUGGCCGUAAAAAGUCUGCGCACCCCUGUUCAAAAAAAAAAAAGAGCUCAAAAUAAGUCAUUUAAAAACUCUUUCCACUACGAAAGUGACCUGCAGUAAAUUCUGUCACACUCACCUUAGAAAGAAAACGCAUCUUUUUGAGAGGGGAGGUAAUAAAUUACAUGGUUACACAAGUGUGCACACCCUCAUAAAAAGGGGGAAUCUGCCUAUGUUCAGAUUUAACCAAUCAAAAUCAAACGCAUGUUAAAAUGGGAGUCGGCGCAAAUCUACCAGCAUUUAAAAUGCCAGUGACUAACCCUAAAUAAAGUUCAGCUGUUCUAGAAGGUUUUUCCUGAUUUUUUUUUUUUUUUUUUUUUUUGCGCGAGGGAGGGUCUGUACAUUACAAGUCACAUGACUAGUGGGCAAAAGUUAAAAAUGGUUUAUUGUCACGAAAACUUGCCAUUUGAAGAGUGGCGUGGAGACUUUAUAUAGCCACUGAAUAGAUGACUAACCUCACUUGAGCAAUAUCCAUCUGGAAUGUUUUUUUUUUUGUUUUUUUUAAACAUUGUACUGAAGUGUCCGACCACAUCAGUGCACACAAGCAGGUCUGUGACAUUUAAAGGGAUAUGCUUUUUUUUUCUUUUUUGUCUUUUAUACUGGAUUCUUCAUCAUGCACAGGUACUGCGUACUGUUUAAGUGCUUCGCCAUGUCGCAGCUAACGUGGUGGGGAAGGGGGGGGCAGAAUUGCAGUAGUUAUCACUUGUUUUAUUUCCAAAAUCUGAUCAAUAAAAUAUAGUUUGUCAUUGUU